AUGCGUUUCUCCACCAUCAUCGCUCUCGGCGCUUGCCAAGCCGGUAACGCCCUCGCCGGAUACUCGUCGACGAGCAAGGCCUACAAGCCGAGGCCGACGGAGCACGCUGGCAACCCCACACCUCACAGAAUCGGCGACUUCAAGUAUCAUGGCUGCGUCCAGCUGUCUGACUCCUUCGAAAAGGUCUCCACCAACGACAAGAUGAGCCUCGACUUCUGCGCCGCCAGCUGCCCUUCGCGCGUCUUUGGUGUCUAUAGCAAGGACUGCUAUUGUGGCAAGGAGGUGUCCAGGUCCGACAAGGUGGCCGACAACAUGUGCGACUACUCCUGCCCGGGAGCCUCCGGACAGAGGUGCGGAGGUUACGGCCUCCUCACCGUCUACAAGCGUCACGGCCACAGGGGCAACACCAAGACCAUCACCUCGACCAACACAGUCACGCCGGGCCAGACCAUCACCCGGACCGUGACGCGCACCACGACCGGCACCAUCACCGCUUGCCCGCACAACGUUGUCCACUGCCCGAUCGGCUCCAAGACCACCGGCAUUGUUGUCAAGACGACUGCCUUCUGCCCCAUCCCGGCCUGGCACGAGAAGAAGGUCGUCUGCUACGGCGACUACUGCGCCCCUGAGCACCACUGCCCCGGCUGCGAGCGCUAUCGCGUCGUCUGCGAGGCCGACUACUGCCACCUCGAGAUCUCCAAGACCGAGGAGCACCACAGGCUUGUGCUGUGCAAGGGCGCCGAGUGCCACUACCCCCAGUGCCAGGGCGCCGAGUGCAACCGCAAGAUUGUCUGCUACGACGGCCACUGCGCCUACGAGAAGUGCUACGGCGACGAGUGCAAGAAGAACUUUGUCUGCCGCGGCGAGCAGUGCAAGCACGAGCAGUGCUACGGCGCCGACUGCCACAAGAAGCUCCUGUGCCAGGGCGAGCAGUGCAAGCCCCAGCCUCACUGCGGUGCCUCGUGCCCGGCCCCUCCCCGUCCCGGCACCCCUGUCAAGCCCACCCUCGGUCCCUAUGGCUCCGGCAGCAGGUUCGGCCACGACGGUAAGGGACACAACGGCCACUGCCACGGCGGAAAGUUUGGCCCCAACGGUGUCUGCCUCGGCCACAAUGGCAACGGACCUUACGGCCCCGGUGCUAACGGCAAUGGCCCCAACGGCAACGGACCUUACGGCCCUGGUGCGAACGGCAACUGCCCCGGCGCAAAGUUUGACCACAACGGUGUCUGCCUCGGCCACCAUGGCAACGGUGCCAACGGCAACGGCCCCUACGGCCCCGGUGGUAACGGCAACGGCCCCUACGGCCCCGGUGGUAACGGCAAUGGCCCCAAUGGCAACAGUGCCAACGGCAACGGCCCCUACGGAAACGGUGCCAACUGCCCAGGUGGAAAGGUCGGUCCCAAUGGCGGCUGCACUGGUGCCCAGCCUGGCUCCGGUCUCGAGGCCCCUGGCGCCCAGCCCACGAACGGCGCGGGUGACUACCCUGUCCAGGUCGCUGGCUCCACCAGGACCACGGCUGCCUUCAACCUUCUCGGCGCUGCUGCCGGUCUGGCCUUUAUCUUGUAA